AGACACUGUCUGCAGGCGCGCUUCUCACCCUGUCAGAAGGACUGAGCCGGUUUAGCUGUUACACAAGAAGAGAGCAGCGGGCACCCGGGCUCAGACUGCCUCCCUUUUGCAGACGAGAAGGUAUAGAGAAGCCGAUGGAAGCAACAGUGCCGUAAAGAAAUGGGCUAGCUAUUCCCCGAGGCUGUGAUCUGGAAGCAUUUGGAGGUUAAAUGAGGAAAAGUCUUGGCAUUUGGCUCAGCUGGAAAUCAGUAGUCUGUCCUGCAAGUCUAUCGUCCUCUCUGGUGUGUCUUUACAACUGAACACUGAGGUCCAGGCUCCCCAAGACCAUCACUAUGACUGAUGGAGAUUAUGAUUAUCUGAUUAAACUCCUGGCCCUUGGAGACUCGGGAGUAGGGAAGACAACAUUUCUUUACAGAUACACAGACAACAAAUUCAAUCCCAAAUUCAUCACUACAGUGGGAAUAGAUUUUCGGGAAAAACGUGUGGUUUACAGCACACAAGGAGCCGAUGGGUCUCCAGGGAAAGCGUUUAAGGUACACCUGCAGCUUUGGGACACUGCUGGACAAGAGCGGUUCCGGAGCCUCACCACCGCCUUUUUCAGAGACGCCAUGGGCUUCUUGUUAAUGUUUGACCUCACCAGUCAACAGAGCUUCUUGAAUGUCAGGAACUGGAUGAGCCAACUGCAAGCAAAUGCUUACUGUGAAAACCCAGACAUAGUACUAAUCGGCAACAAGGCGGACCUGCCGGACCAAAGGGAAGUCAAUGAACGGCAAGCUCGGGAGCUGGCUGAAAAGUAUGGCAUACCAUACUUUGAAACAAGUGCUGCAACAGGACAGAAUGUAGAGAAGUCUGUGGAAACCCUUCUGGACUUAAUAAUGAAGAGAAUGGAACAAUGUGUAGAGAAGACACAGGUUCCGGACACUGUCAAUGGUGGAAAUUCUGGAAAGCUGGAUGGGGAAAAGCCAGCAGAAAAGAAAUGUGCCUGCUAGAGACACUCCUCCUAGGAACCAGUGAUAAAGAGCCCACCCAAAUACUACAUCCUGAAAUAAUGCAAACAACAAAGUUGUUGUUGAGUAGAUCAUGAGCAAUGGCAUGUCUUUCUCUUCCCUCCUCAAUCUAUUUUAAUAAAUCAGGAUAGUCAAUAGUGUUAAAAGAAUUGUACUGUUAACCUGAGUCCCUUCCAAACAAAAAUCAAAGUUCUCCUAAGGUGGUCUCACCAUCAUGGAUGCUUGGUUGUAUUUUUAUAAAGAAGUUGUGUAUAAGAGAAGAAGUAUCAGUGACUUUUAAAUGAAAGCACAUAUUACUAUCAGUCUGGAGAAAUGAAUAGGCUAACUAAAAAGAAUAUUAAAAGAUUUUUUCUGUUCAUAUCUACUUACGUGAAGUAUGAGUCAUAGUCUAUAUUUGCACUGGGAAAAACAUAUUCCUAAAAAUAGACAUAUAACAAAGAAUUCUGUGUGGCUUAUUAAGGAUGACUACAUUUACCCAAUAAGCUACACUGAUAAGGUUGUGAGUGGGUGAAUGUCAGACUUCUUGUAGGAAAUUGUGUAAUAAUGCCAUUUUUAUAUUUUUUAUAAAUGGCAGAGAGGCAAGAAUAGGAUCAUGGAUAAAAAAGUAUAAGGUACAUUCCCUAGAGGAAAAUAAAACAUGGGAAUAUGGCAGUUGAACAGGUAAAAUUAAAUGGAUCUUUGAGAUAAGUCUGAGAGAGUCACUUAGCCAAAUUUCACUGAAGCAGAUUGGAAGCUGGCAUUAUCAGUUGAGAUUGAGAAUGCUUUAGAAGCUCCAAUUCAAACAAUUUAAGCUUUUAGCAUUGCUUCUGAUAGUGCCCAAGUUCACAUUUUAUUCUUAUUUUUUUUUAUCAAAUUCUUAUAAAGAAUCACAAGAAAAAAUAAAUCAUAUUUAUUGAAUAUACCCUAUAAAUGUAGUCAAGAAACUUAAGAUUUAGUCUUAAAGUUUCCAAAUAUAAAAUUUGUUGAUGAUAGAAAACAAAGAGUGAUGGUUAAUUGUGGGUUUUGCUUCAUUUUAGAAAAGCACUAGAAAUUCUAAGUUGUAUUUUCCCUCUAUACCACACUUAUCUCUGUGUUGAAGCAGUUACAGCAAGGUAUGUUCAUGGAUCAAUAACUUCAAAAUAAUUAUGGACCAGUAACUAUGUUCACCCUGAAUUUUCACAUCAUCAGUAACCAAAAAUUGGUGAUGCCUCAUUCUUUAUUAUAAUAUUUGUAUUUUGUCAUGAGGAAAAAUAACUAUAGUUGAGAUGUACUUGAGAAAAUAACAAGGAUGGAUCUGUGUUUUAUCUCACCAAAAUUGUAGCCAGUGGUUUUAUUUUUCCUUGAAGCUGACUUUUCUUUCUGGAAUUAACCACAGAAUUCACAUUGACUUACACUUAUCAUUGUGAAAAGUCAUAUUGUAAUAGUUUUUAUUCUCUUAAUUUGGCAUAGAUAUAAAACCCAAUCUUAUCAAUGUAGUAUUUAAACUUGUCAGUCAAUUUUACCAAUAAGAAAGCAAAUUGCUUUGAGUUUUCUGUUUUCUUUGAGCCUACAGUUGGUGAUAGCAUACUUUCUCAUCCUUUAAAAUAUUUUCAAUCUCAAACUUUUGCAUACUUUGUCUCCUUUAAAAAUUACAAGCAUUGCAAAGUAAAAUCCCAGUACCAUUUUAAACCUUUUCCUUCUAUCUUCCAUCUGGUGUCCAGUCAAUUUCAGAAAUAUACACAGAUCUGAGGACAUGUCUACAUAAAAUGUUUUUAAGAUAAGUGGAAUCCAGAACUGUACCACAAAUGAACAAAUCAACACAAUAUGGAAGCUUGUAAGGGAUUUGCCCUUAGUAUAAUUCUCAGUGCUAAUAGCCCAAGACCCCCAACUUCUAUGAUUGAUUCUAGGUUAGUAUUCCCACUGUCUGGGAUGUUCUUCUUGAUCUCAAAGUCUGUGCCAUGGGUGGAGAAAGCUGUGAGUCAGUGUUUAUAAUAUGUCUUCUGGACAGAAAGUAGAAAGAAAUGAUCACAGCUAUGGUAAAAUCUGGUGAAUAUCUUGAGGUCAAUAAAUGUGUUUCGGAUUUUGAUUCAAAAUGUGCCAGUAUUUCCGUAACAGGGAAUGGCUGAGUCAUAUAAUAGUGAAGGAAUUUUACCUUUUCAUUUUUUUCUCAUUGUGUUCUAGUUACAUGAUUAAUUUGCUUAUGCCAAGAUUUUUCAUUGUCAGAUGAGAAUUUUUCAGGACCUGCUUUAAGAGCAUCAUUGGUAGCAUGAGGUAGAGGGCAAUGAUACCUAUAAAUAUGGAAAUGUGCCUAUAAGAGUAACAAGUAUUAAGUACUGGAUAAUAAACUUGGGAGGGUUGACAUUUCAAGCUGCCAAAAAUGAAAAUAUUCUACUUAUAAACACUUAGUCUAAAAAUAUUUCUGUCUAUAAAUUUUGAUGUCUGACUUUGAAAUCUAUUUGACUAUUGUUAGAAAUUCAUUCUCCUAUGAGUUCCAGAUCCUAGUUCCAUAUUCAUUAUAUAACUUCAAAUUGAACUGGUGCCAUGAAUAUUCUGCUUUAAAGAGCUCCAUAUUUUUUAUCCCACUACAACAUGUAUGUUCAGUUGUUUCCUCUUAAUAAUUACCUCCCAAAUGUUUGUGUUUUUUGAGAGGUAUAUAAUGUACAUGAUACUUCUUUCUGACACAGAGCCCGAGUCUAGAGUGUUUACACUGGUUGAUGUUUACAUUGCCCAAACUCAGUGCCUCAAAUACCUCUGUGACCAGUUUUGUCUCCAACCACAUAACUCAUUUUCUCUAAUCCUAGGUCUCCAAAAGGUCUCACAGAGACAAUACUAUAGUGCAAAGCCAGCUGAUAGCAAAGGAUUCAAGAACAUCAUUGGUAUCUGGAGAUUAUUGCUACCUUCUUCUAGCCUGUCACAGAUUAGACAUUUCUUGAGAGUUAACUAUAAAUUCGUAUAAUUUGAUUUUUAAUCUAAUACAAGAAUUAUCUUUUGAAAAAUAUGCAAAAUAGUGAAGAGAACAUGCUGUUGAUCUUAGUCUGACUAUUGUAACAAGUUGCAACUAAGUGGAGAAAAUGCUGCCUGUUGGGAGAUGAACUUGGAUCUCUCUGUAAUAGUUUCAAAAUUCAUAAUUUACUACUUUAGUCAAUUUGCUAUCAAUUUACUGUAAAAAAAAAAAAGACACCAAAACCAGCAUUUUCUAAAGUAUUUUAUCUGUUAAUUUUUAACCAGAUGAGACAUCCUAUACAUUAGUGGGUGGCUUUGUUCUAAUGUACAGUUAUUGUUUGCCAACCUGUAUAGAUAAGGUGAAUGGUUAAGAGUUUAAAUCUGUUUUGUUGUCCUUUGUAUCAAGAAGAAGAAAGAAAGAAAGAGAGAGAGAGAGAGAGAGAGAGAGAAAGAAAGAAAGAAAGAGAGAAAGAAAGAAGAAAGAAAGAAAAAGAAAGAAAGAAAGAGAGAGAGAGAGAGAGAGAGAGAGAAAGAAAGAAAGAAAGAAAGAAAGAAAGAAAGAAAGAAAGAAAGAAAGAAAGAAAGAAAGAAAGAAAGAAAGAAAGAAAAAGAAAGGAAGGAUAAACUUGACUAUAAAGCGCUGUAGCGUGACAUUAAAGAUCUGUAAUAACAAUCUCAUUUCAAAGACAUUUAAAGCUCCAGAUUGAGUCUAUUGGGACUCAACAGAUUUGAUGAGGCUGGGGUACCUCCUCAUUAGUAUACUAGGGUACCAGUUAGAGGCAGCUCUGUGGGUGAUGCAGUGUGUGCCUAGACAAGGUGAACACCCCCAAAGCACCUAUGGAGGAGACCAUUCACUCUUCUGUACCUCUUUUCUCUUAAUAAAGGAAAAAAAUUGCCUUCCUUGCUGUAUAUCACACUUAAAAGUGCGAUGACGAAUUGUCAUCCAUGGAGGAUUUUAAAGUUACGUUCAACACUCAAACUAUAAAGAAGUAACAUUCCGAGUCUAUGGCUUGCUAAGAUAUGUAAUAACUCCUUAAAGGUCUGGGGAAUUAAAAGCUCAGAUGUAGGACACCUGAGUAGUAUGUCUGGGGACUUGGGUUUGGUCUUCAGGCAACAGAAGGGCAGGGAGAAGAAAGGGGAGCGAAGUUUAGCCAAAGUGAAAGAAAACCUGGUUUUCAUUUUCUACUACCAAGCUUUACAACACUGAAAGUGACCUAUAAGUGUGAAUAUUUUAAAGAAAGCUUUAUAAAUUUUAAGAUGCCAAGAAACUCACUAUGGUUGCCUAAGAAUUCACUCCAUUAUAUUUUCUUCCCAAUAUUUAACCACAGUGAGGUUGGCUCAUUUUUGGCGUGACUGCAGAGAUCUGAGACCUGACAAUGGGUACUGGGUAGUAACUGAGAGUUAUCUCAAUGCAUGGAGCUGUCUGUCUCAUAGUAUAGAAAUGAUAAACACUGCUGGGUAUAGAGAAGAUUUUAUAAAAAAUUAUUGUCAUUGAAUUCUUGAGUAGUGUCCAACCACAAUGACAUCAUUGAUAAAGAACUUUGGAAAAAAUAAGAAUGACAAGCUAGCUAGGUCAGGUCUUUUAAUAUAGGAGAUCAUGAAGAAGGUCAUAGGUUGACUUAGGUAGAAAAGGAAAAGUUUUAACAUUUUUAAACUAGAUCUGUAGAAAUGUUUCCUUGUUAUUUUUAUCUGCUUUGUGGAGUUUAUGCCCUUAGAACCAAGCUAAGAAAAACGUAUGUGCUUACAUGUAUGACUACCAAAUAUUUAGGUUACUUAAAAGUAUUUUAUUUACUACAUAUGAGUCUGAAAUUCUUAAUUAAUGUUUUCAUUUUCAAGCAAUAACAUUUAAAGAUGCUUUAUUGACACUUUCUUUGAACCAACAGUUUAUGGCUGAGGUGUUAUGUAAUUUCAUGUGUGAAAAGUUCAUUAACAAAAAAAAUAAGAAAGAACUAAGGUAAAACAUUAAUACUGAAAUGGUGGAACUAUUUAAAAGGAUGUCACCUUUUUAGGGAUCACCUCUGGCUUAAGUUUGCUUUGCUGCCUCCUUUCCUUUCUAAGAGGUCAUCUGCAAUGUGGCUGGCACCUCUUAGCUAACUUAGUCUUGAGCAAAUCCUACAGGAGCCAGCUCAUCACGCCUUCAUUGAAUAGAACCUAUUUAACCUGUAACUGUUGUCCUCAUGUCAAACACUAUAUAGUAAGGGAAUCAGUCAUAUAUCCUUAUCGUUUUGUUCUAUGUGAUUCUUGUCCCCAGAUGCUUUUUGGAGGAGGAUCUGUUAUAGAGAGAAAAACAGCCAGAAAUGACAACUUCAGGACUAUGUGGCUUCUUUCAUACAGAACUUUGCAAACAUUGAGUAAUUCAUGAGGUUCCAGUUAGGUUCAAAAGAAACUGUUCUCUUUCAUAAACAGACACCAUUAUCAUAAACUAAGAAAAAUAAAUUCACUCCUAACUUGGGCCACUUGUCAUGAUAAGAUAUAUAGCAGGACCAUCACAGUAACUAUAAUAGAGUGCUAAAUGGAUUGGCAGUCACCUUGAGGUCACUGCAUUUUAUUGAAAAUGUGUUAUGUACUUUACUCUUGGGGAAAAAAAUAUGAGCUCUGUUUCAACUAAUGUGUCAUCUUGUACUUCUUUCAAGGAGACCAGCUGGAUUCAAUGUAGGACAUUACAAGUUGGUUAAAAUCCCAUGUACAAAUUUAAUUUUAUGUUUAAAAGAUUCUUGUAUUUGAACUUAAGAAAAAUAAAUUAUCUUGCUUCACUUUAUGUGCUAACAGUAGAUUUUCUGAUGAUACUGAAGUGCUUCACGGUAGCUCAACAAUUUCCGUUCCAGGAAUAUUAUCCAUCUCUUUAACCUGAGCAUGUUUGUUUUGUCUGCUUUCUGUAUGGAUCUCAGUUUUGUCUAAUGCUUUCAAUAUAACUUAAGACUUUGAGUGUGGCUUAUUCAAUGUGCUUCCAAGCAGGCAGUGGUUUCUGACAAACACUGUUAGGUCAUUAUUUGUUAUAUCAAAGUUCCAGUGGCUUCAGGAAUCAUAGCACCCUGUGAUUUUGUGGUGUCUGGGUUUGUUAAGAACUGUAACUAGUGAUUGUUCCUGCACACUUUGAAAAUAAAAACAUGUUUUUAUCAAGUA